AUGGGCAAAAAUAGACAAUGCUUAUCAAACGUCACCAAGGAAAACACUAUAUUUGAGUGCCAAGAUUUCGUGUUCAGUGCGGCUGAAUUGCAAGUAAUAGACUGCCAGGUGUACACUCUACUAGCAGUGGCCAGGGUCACUGAGGAAGGCACUGGGGUGGAGCUCUCAGGCGAGGCAGUCAUAAGUGUCUUCCACACUGAAGUAACUUUCAGAUCUGUGAAUGAGGAUACAUACAUGAAGCAUUACCUUCCAUACACCGUCCAGGUAAGAGCAGAGCUACCAGACAAAUCUGCUGCCUCAGGGGUAGCAGUGGAGCUGUGUGCUUCAAACAAGUGUACAGUGAUGGUGGUUCCUGAAGAUGGUUUGUUAACAAUUAGUCCUCCCGUCAUACUCGACCAAAAGGCUCUCGGCACCUUCUACAAGGCCAUUGAACAUUACUACUCUCCUUCGAACUCUUCCCUUCUAAUCAGUGCACCAGAUGGUCAAUUGCCCUGUGCUGAUGGUCAUCCUAGGCAACAUAUGCUCACACUGUGGUAUUCUGCAUCCCAGCCUACAGCAGAAAUCCACCUACAGGUGGUAUCGCGUGGACAGAUCCAAUACUGGCAAGUUAAAGAAUACCAUCUAGUGGAAGAGGAGCUGCCUGUUAGAAUGGAGAGCCUCGUGGAUGAUCUUCCCCAUCCCCCAAGCGAGAUUAUAAGAGGCUUCCUAAGUAUUGCUAUUGAUCUACCUCCAAUGGUUUCUCUCCAACUGCCAUGUUGA